AUGGCAAGUCGCCAUCACCAGGUUAUACAAUUCAUCUCUCUCUCUUACUUAUAUANCCUCAUCUCUCAUCAGCCUCCACCAAUUUCAGAAAUUUUGCAAAUUCUGAGCCCUAGCUUGAGAUUCCUUCAUGGAACUCCUUGCCUUCUUCCUAUAGCAGUUUGUUCAGCUCGUUAUGCUAAGUUUGUCAUAAAAUGUAAUCCAAACCAGAUGACAUGCGAUAAAAUUGGUGAAUCAACUGAAGUGGCCCUUCUGGUAGGGAAAAGGAGCUCUUGUUUCAUCAUACAUGCUGAUAGCAUCCUAGGAAGCUCAACUCUACUCAAGGAUAAAGGACGUGAAUUGGCUAGGUGAUAGCAUAAAGGACAAGGAUAAAGUUUUGAAAGCUCUAAGGCCAUAUACAA